UAUCUAAUGUUUCCUUAGCACAUAAGACAGGCCUCGGCUUACAUAGUCACUUUUUCGAGGAUUAAACUUCAAAAAAGCCUCAAACACAUCACCGCUCUCUCCUCAUUCACAACCCAAAAAUUCCCAACCCUCACCCACCACGCAAAAAUGACGAACGCUCAAAUCCCCAACCUCAAUUUUGGCAGUCCGAUAAUCUUCUUCGAUUCGAAUCCAGAAAUGCAACAAACCUACCUAGGAUCCUGUCUCACCAGUCUCAAAGAAACCCUAAAAACCUCCUGGACGGGCGAAGUUCGCAAAUUUCACAACCCGGGAACCCUUCGCAUUAUAUUCUGGACUCCAGAUAACAAAGAAUGUAUAAAAGACUACGAAUUGCAUGAAUAUAAACUUGUGCGGGAAGCGUGGGAAUCGUUAUUUAAUCUCCUGAUGUGAAACGCGCGAUUGUUAUGGGGUACAGUGGACAGAAUCCUUAUGUUAA